UCUUUUACCGUUUCCUGUUUUAUUUUGUUGAACAUCCGCCCCGUGUGGCGACUUUACUUCUGACUUGUUCCAACCACCACACCUGCAUGAUCUCUGGAUCUACUCGACUUUCAAUGUGCGAAUGACGAGGGUUUAAACCUGUUCGACGUUGCUACUAAAGCAUUACAAUGAUAUUUCCUGGUUAUUAUUGUGUUAUUUUAGCUGGGUUUUUUUUUUCAGUUUUUAAAGAGUACUCAAAUGUAACUUCACUUGACUAUGUUUGGACUUCCUCUGGGUUGUGACGCCAUUUUGUUUGAAGGCCUCUGAGGACAAAGGUGCUAGCCAGUGUCCCUGCUGGCUGCUGUUAGCACCGCACCACCACGUUCCUCAAAGGAUUUCACGGUUUUCCAUCACAGCUGAAGAAGGAAGGUGACUUCUUUCAACAGACCUCUUACCCAACCUAAGUAACCGACGGGAAUAAUGCCACAAAUGACAGGAUGGUGAGAUCUGUCAACGCAUCUUUUACCCAACCUAAUUUAACAGGAAUAAUGCAACUGGUUACAGGAAGGUGAGUUCUGUCAACACACCUCUUACUCAACCUAAGUAACCAACGGGAAUUAAUGCCACAAAUGACAGGAUGGUGAAAUUUGUCAACGCAUCUCUUACCCAAGCUAAUUUAACGGGAAUAAAGCAACUGGUUACAGGAAGGUGACUUCUGUCAACGCACCUCUUACCCAACCUAAGUAACCAACGGGACUAAUGCAACAAAUGACAGGAUGGUGAGAUCUGGCAACGCACCUCUUACCCAACCUAAUUUAACAGGAAUAAUGCAACUGGUUAUAGGAAGGAGACUUCUGUCAACGCAUCUCUUACCCAACCUAAGUAACCAACAGGAAUAAAGAAACUGGUUACAGGAAGGUGAGUUCUGUCAACACACCUCUUACCCAACCUAAGUAACCAAUGGAAUAAUGCAACAAAUGACAGGAUGGUGAGAUCUGUUAAUGCAUCUCUUACCAACCUAAUUUAACGGGAAUAAUGCCACUGGUUACAGGAAGGUGACUUCUGUCAACACACCUCUUACCCAACCUAAGUAACCAACGGGAAUAAUGCAACACAUGACAGGCUGGUGACUUCUAUGAACGCAACUCUUGCCCAACCCAGUUUAACAGGAAGAGUGCAACAAGUGAAAGGAUGGUGACUUCUGUCAACACACCUCUUACUCAACCUAAGUAACCAACGGGAAUUAAUGCCACAAAUGACAGGAUGGUGAAAUUUGUCAACGCAUCUCUUACCCAAGCUAAUUUAACGGGAAUAAAGCAACUGGUUACAGGAAGGUGACUUCUGUCAACGCACCUCUUACCCAACCUAAGUAACCAACGGGACUAAUGCAACAAAUGACAGGAUGGUGAGAUCUGGCAACGCACCUCUUACCCAACCUAAUUUAACAGGAAUAAUGCAACUGGUUAUAGGAAGGAGACUUCUGUCAACGCAUCUCUUACCCAACCUAAGUAACCAACAGGAAUAAAGAAACUGGUUACAGGAAGGAAGGUGACUUCUGUCAACACACCUCUUACCCACCCUAAGUAACCAACGGGAAUAAUGCAACACAUGACAGGCUGGUGACUUCUAUGAACGCAACUCUUGCCCAACCCAGUUUAACAGGAAGAGUGCAACAAGUGAAAGGAUGGUGACUUCUGUCAACACACCUCUUACCCAACCUAAGUAACCAACGGGAAUAAAGAAACUGGUUACAGGAAGGCAGCCAGCAAACAUGUACACUAAAGCCUUAGAGACCCAGAAGAAUAACGACCACGUCCAUUAAUCUCCCCUGCAUCUCAGCUCGUCGAGAAAAGAUGGCCGCUACUGCACACCGGGGGCCACUUCCUGCCUUGGCAAUCAACAACAAGUAUUCUAAUGAUCCCUGACAGCCUUGUCAGACAAUAUCCUCCAGAGUGUAAUGAUACUUUACAUCGCGGCGGGCGGAUCGAUGGCAUGGAUGGCCGAGGAGGAACGAUCUUCCACUUGUGCUGAUUCCACACUGACUCCUGUUCACCUUGCAGGACGUGUGGACGCCAAGAACCCCUUCACAUGUGCUCUCUGCUGCUGCUGUUGCUGCUGCCAUGGCAACCAGGAGUGUCAGAAAACAAAUUCCUUCUUGAGGGGAGAGGCCAUGAACACAUUCUGCUGCAGGUGUAACUUGCAGCCAACUUUAACGAGUAUGUCAUCACAUCUGGCGUACCAACCUCUGCUGCCCAGUGGGAACAAGUACCUUCAGAAGAAAUGGGACCAGAUGUGUUAUGAUAUACACAGGACAAAGUUGAAGACCAUGAAACCAACCGUGGACAAUACAGCGCCAAAGACAUAUGAUCACCCAAAAACACUAAAGUGUGAAGACCAUUGGACGAUGAAGAUUGAGAAGGAAAAUCGUCUCCUCCUUGACAAAAUAUCCCACAUUAUGAAGACCAACGGGAGGGUCGACAACAGGAAUUAUUACGAAAAGAAAAGUCUCGGUUUGGAGAAACGGCAGCGGGAGUUGGUGCGAAUCACCAAAGAGAACCAGGAGAUCCUGCUGCGUCUGAACCGGUGCAGGUCUCAGUACGACGUCAGAAACUGGCACCAAGACUGGCUUAAAACACUGAGGGUGAUGGACGCCAUCGCACGCUACCCACGAGGUAGAGAAAGUCUGCAAAAGGAAAAGGCCAGCAAAAGGAGAGACAACAAUGAUACAACAACGGAUGAAGCCAAAGCCCAACACCAUUACAUUGUCGACGAUGAAACAAAAACAAAGGAAAAAGAAAUGAGGAUGAAAACCACCAUAAAAGAAGAUACAGGAGGAGACGGAUGGUGCAGUGAUGGCAAACAAAGUGCCAAGAGAGCGUCGUGUUUCUACAGAUGAGAGUGAAGUUUAAAGGAGGAAUUAAAUGGGGUUUUUUUCCAUAUGUAAUACAGAGUGGCAAUUUAUAUUUUAGAUGUACACCAUAUACUUGAUAUUGCAUCUCAUUAGGGCCCGAGCAGCAAAAAUCUGCGUAGGCCCUUUUUAAAUUGUUUUGUUUAUUGAUAUCCUCUCACUUCGAUCACGUUUAUGAGGCCCUUAACAUGCAUGACAAAUUGCCAGAUUUUGCAGGUGCAUCAGGUCCGAACACAACAUUUUAAAUAUGACUCAGCAGCGCCCCUUUAAAGGCCACUGCACUUUUUGGGGAAUUUUGCCUAUCGUUCACAAUCAUUGUGAAAGAUAUGAUGACGGAUGGAUUUUUUUUAAUGCAUUCUCAAUACUAAAUAAACGUAAAUAAAAGUCUGCUUACAGCAGAGCCAAUGGGAGGUCCUCUAUUCCGCCCAUAAAACCCAAUAAAUAACCAUUCAAAAACCGCCAACAAUACUCCCUUUACAUUUGGUGACUUGAAUAUUAACCCAGUAAUAGUGAUAUUAUUAUAAAGGCUAACGCAGACAAACUAUUUAUAGUGGCGCCGUGAUCACUUCCGUGUGUCACUAUGUUUACAUCAUCGAGUGGUCUGCUGUUUCCUCGCUUCCCUGCUCCCUGUAAGUUUAUUGUAGAUCAUAAAUCAUGCCUCUCACCUGGAAAGUCGAUGGCUGAGGAUAUAAUCCGACAAGUUGGUACACUUUGACAGCCAAAAGUCUCCCAAAUGUGCAAGGGCCCGUUCAACGCUGGAUGCAGCUUUAAUUGAUUGCUGUUUUCACGACUAUCAACUAUUAAAAGACAAUGUUAAAAACACCUGUUUUCUUCAAGACUGUGUGGGGAUAUGAUUAUCCUUUUUGUUUUUUGCAAAAUAUUUGAGGUAUUUAAUUUAAUCUAAUAGUGUUAAAGUUGAACAUUCACUGUACAAACAUACAUAUACAC